AUGGGAAACUCAUCAUCAUCAUCACAAUUAAAAACAAAUCAAAUGAUAUCAUCAGGUGGAAUUUUUGAAUUAACACCAAAACAACAAAAAUCAUUAUCAUCAAAUAUUUAUUUAAAUAAUUUAAUAAAAUUAGAUAAAAAUAAUAAUCUAAUUCCAUCACCAAAUUCGGUAAAUUGUAAAGUUUCAAAAAAGAAAAACCUAAAAUCUCCAUUAAAAAAAAUAAAAAAAUUUAAAAAUAAAAAAUCAUCAUCGUCACAAAUACAAAAUAAUAAUAAUAAUAAUAAUAAUAGUUUAUCAAGAUCAAAUUCUAUACAAUCAAUUUCUUCAUUAUCAUCAUCAUCUUCAUCAAUUUCUUUACCAAUAUCAACACCAUCAACUACAAUAAAAAAUGUAAAUAAUAAUAAUAAUAAUAAUAAUAAUAAUGAAAAGAAAUCAUUUAAUAAAAUUUUACCGGAAUAUUUAAUAAUUAAAAUAAUUGGAUUUGCAUGUGAUAUUGUAUUUCCAAGUAAUAGUUUUUUUCAAAUUUCAAUGGUUUGUAGAUUAUGGAAUAAAUUAUCAAUAAAAAGUAUAAGACAUUUAUAUUAUUCUUAUAAGUUUUUAUAUGAAAGGGAUAGUGAUUUGAAUUAUUGUAGGAUCAUUGGUCGUUGGUUAACACCGCGUAAUCAUUAUCAAUCAAUUAAUAGAUGUCAAGCAAUUUAUUUAAGAUUCGGAUUGGAUCCAUUGGGAUUUUGCUAUUUAGUACCGUAUUUAAUGAAAUGCUCAACUUUGAGAUUACUUAGAAUUGAAUUCUCAAAUUCUUUAUUAUCACCAGAACGAGUGAACACAAUCAUUCAAAUACUAACUGUGAAUCAACAUAUCCGAGUUUUAAAUCUAUCAUGCAAUGCAAUAAAUUCCAAAAUUUCAAUAGAUUCACUUUGUGAUUUCUUUGAAUCAAAGAAUUCUGAUGGUUUGAAAGAGUACAUUCAUAGGAAAUCAAAAUUGAACAGUUAUAAACUUUCAAAACUUUUAGAAUCAAUUGUAAAAUCAAAUAAAAUUACAAUUAUAAAUUUUUCAAAUAAUGAGAUUGAAAAUGAUGAUAUGGAUAUCAUAAUUUACUAUAUCUCAACUUCAAAAUAUCUUCAUACUAUAAAUUUUGCAAAAAACUUUUUAAAUACUUCUUCACUUCAUUUAAUAAUCAAUGCUUGUAUUAAUAAUCGCGUCACUAAAUCAUUAGAUCUUCGUUGUAAUAAUUUUGAUUCAAUAACUGAUAGAGAUUCAUUUCUUUUUCAAUAUUCUUCAAAAUUUACUAAUUUUUUAAUUUAA